AUGCAAUCAACAAGUACUAAAGUAUCAUAUGAUCUUCGAGCAAAGCCAAUUCAAACUUUCUGUAAUAUUCCAAAACUAGGAAAACAUGAACAUACAAAGACGUUCAAGAUUAUUGGAAAUCAUGAAAGUCAAUUUUUACUUGGUGAUAAACCGGCAUUUCAUUUCGAACAUAUAUGGGGUGAAGGCACAACAGGAGAAAUCUAUGACCGUUUUGCUCGACCAGCUAUUGCUGAUCUUGUUCGAGGACGAAGCACACUUCUUUUUGUUACUGGUCGAAAUAAGAAACAUCGUAAUGACAUUCUCUUUGGCGAAAGCAAAGAUACAGGAUUGAUAUCAUUGACUAUCAAUGCACUUUAUAAUAGUAUUGGUGAACAUCGUGCAUUGAAAUACUACUUUAGACCCGUGGGCAACAAUACUUAUCAAGUUCAAUCCGAUGCUCAAGCAAUGUUCGAUCGGCACCAACGAGAUCUAUUGCCUAAAGUGAGCAGAAACGUUCUUGGGAAUAUGACUCAAACAAGUAUUCUAGAAAAAUCUAUUCUUGAUCAAACGGCGAACGUAUCCGGCAUUGACGAUGAUUAUAUCUAUACGAUAUUUAUAUCCGCAAUGGAAAUCAAUUCAACGCAUACGAAUUCGAUUACAACUGAUCUAUUGAAAAUGUUUACUGAAGGUUUAAAUAAUGAUCUAUUCGAUACACCACAAUCGUGCAUGGAAAUUGAGUUUGACGAUGCACGGAAAGCACGUCGGAAACUGUUUGACACAAAUAAAAUACCGAUGAAGGAGAGCUCAACACGAUUGUACACCAUUCGUUUAGUUCAAGCACGAAAAUCAGAUCAUCCGGAAAGUAUCACACCAAUUGUGAGUCAAUUGGCAUUUAUCGAUUUACCGACGAAUAAAAAUGCAGCAGAUUUGAAAGCGGUGAAAGAUUUUAUCGUACCACCUAAAAAAACAACACAUCAAUUUCCGAAUCAUUUACAAAAUUUUCUACAUCAAUUUCCAAUUCAAGAUCAACACCACGAAUUCAUACCAAUUAAACUACUUCUAUGUGCAUCAGCAAGCAGUCACGAUGCCGAUGAUACUCUUCAUGACAUCCGAUGGUUGAUGAGCCUUCAAGCUAACCAAUAUCUUGUCUAUUUGGGUCGAGACGAAGAACAACAUGUCACUAGAGAUGAUGAUCAUCAUCGACCGCCGCGCCCACCACCAAUACAAUAUUCGACAUCGAUACAUCGUUCAGAUCAAACUAACCUAUCUCAUCAUGUACCAACUUCGACUCCACUUGCUCAAUCGACACCACGAUCCGUCACACAAAUACCAACAUCAGCAACAACAACAGUAACAUCUGUAAAUACACGUCAUUCUCGUCAAUCACAAUACCAAACCAUCAAUAGUACACCAAGUCGAUCAUUUACUUACAUCCCAAAUACAGCACAAACGAUUCCUCCAUCACGGCCGUCCUCAUCAUCUCGGAUUGCCGCAUCUAAUCGAUCAGAAGGAACACCGUCGUUUAUUACUUAUCCAAUAACGCCAAGUACGGGCUUAUCUCAAUUACAUCAAAAAGUACCACCUCGUGUUCCACCGCGAGUGCAACCGAAAACGAAACCUUCGCCAUCCAUCGAACAAGAAGUGCCUGCAUCAGUAGCAACAAAACUAAAUACUAGCCUUUCGAAUCGACGACCACCACCUCCUCCACCUGCGCCGCCACAAUCAGUGCCAACUCUACCGAACGUUCAAACAGCUAAACCUCAUAAGGCCCGCUUGGCACGAAAAGAUUAUCGUUCGAAUUCUCAUACUGAUGUUCAACAACGAGCAUCAUCCGCUCUCAACUCCCGUACAGUACCAGCACCGCCACUACUAACGGCACCGAAACGUGCACCAUUAAAAGAGGAACACUUGCUUAAACGUUCGUCUUCAGCUGAUCGCGUUGGUCAAGAACGUUGGCUACAUCAUAUAACUGAUUCGUCAGCAAUCAACAACGGAAUUAAACUGCGAACAUCUUUACCCAAUCCUUUACAACUCGUGACAAAUCAUUUCAAUGCUAUGUCCAAAUUGUUGAGUGCAACGAAAUAUGCCAUUGAACAUCGCGCCGAAGAUACUGUUCAAUUAUUCCAAGGUGAUGUUAUGGCAACAAGUAAAGGUGGUGUGAAAGUUGUUUUUACUUCAGUUGAUCAAGUAACACAUAAUAGUCUGCUCCCAUCAACAUGUGAUAAUUCUGUUUUGGGUUCGUGA